CAGCCAUACUGUACAUUGUACACCGUCUUUUUCAAGACUCUUUUCAAAGAAGCGAACAUCACCUCAAAUCCUUUUACCAUCUACGCUUGGUGACCUGUAUGAGCUAAUUUUGUUCUAAUAUACCUUUAACUGGGUAAAGCCAUGGCUCUCACAAUAUGGGUUUUCAUCAUCCUCUGUUAUUCAGCAUCUUUCGUCUCAGCAGGUGACGACACUGAACUUACAAACAAACAGGCUUCAAACAAUUCAUUAGAAAAAUCACCAGACCUCACACAGGUCCCACCGACACAGCAACCAGAUAACAACCUCACCAUGUUAGCUUUCGGUGUGAUAAGCUUCAUUCUGAUUCUGAUCGUUGUUAUGCUGAUCUUGGUAACAGUGGUUAAUGUUAGAGGACAUUGUUGUAAAAAAGAGGAGGAAGAUGUUAAAGUCUAUGAUUCUGUGAGGUCAGAAAGCCACAUAACCAGCACUGGAGAAAAAGAAAGCAUCACGUUGGUCUCUAUGAGGACUUUAAACACAGACACUGACACAGAUUCACCACAGAUCUCAUCCAUUCACAGUACAGUACUGGAUGGUGAAGACCAAGACUUCAACAGAGAUCUCCACCAUAUCAUAGUUGGGCAGCAAACAGACUGACUGGCCUCAUUAAACAAUGCUGCUUUAUCUUGCCCCUUUUUCAGCACUGAUAAAAACGUUAAUUUUAUUUUUAUGUGCAUUUAUUUCUAAGAUGCAAAUAUUUACAGUCUUAAAUAAUAACUCACCUAAUAUGCUGUCAAAACAGCUUUGACUGGCCUGCUACUACACGGCUCUAUACACAGAGAGGUUUGAUGCAUUGUGUUGUGACAGUCAUCUCAACAACGGUAUUAAAAUUAUCUGCAAUUUAUUGGUCUGUAUCAGA